AUGGCUCUGACGCAGCUGGAAACCGGCGCCAUGUCGCCUACCUGCCGUCGUGCGUGUUGGCUGGCAGGCCGCCGCCAUCCACGGCCUGCCCUAAAAGCGGCGGGGAGGCGAGGGGGGUUGCAUGCGUCACCAUCCGUUUUCUUCGCAGGCAUGGCCACCUGCCGCGCGGAACGACGUCUGCAAUACGACCUGGAGUGCCAGUACUUCUACCUGCUGCGUGCGGAAGAACGCGCUUCGACGGCUGUCACCGUCCUCCGUGCCCUGAUUCAGCUCCCUCUGCUGCGCGGCGGUCAACGUGGUCUGAUCGCUGGGUUGGUCGCUUCUUUCCUCACCCCCGUGCUCGUGGAGCCCACGGCGCUGCCUGUUCUGGAGCCCAUCCGCUUCCCGACCUUCCAGGACGCUCGUGGUCUCCUGCCCCCGUCUGUGGUGCUGCCGUCCGUCCUCGUGGAUUUGUGGGCCGAGGUGAGAUUCGAAUCCUAUAGACCCUCUGGUAGGGCCUAUAUGCCCAUGUUGACAGAGGGGCUGUGCUGUUGCUCCUAUAGGCACUUUGCUCUGUGCUGCCUGCCAUCGCUGACAGGUUGUGCUAUUGUCACAAAAAACACAGAGGGCUGCAGGCUGGGCUCUAGUCCGGCAAACGACGGUUCUGGAUGCUUGCAGCCUGUACAGCUAUCUCCCAGUGCGAUAUAG